GAUAUUCCUGUUAUUUCGGAAUACCCUGAAGUGUUUCCUAAAGAACUACCCGGUUUGCCACCGGAUAGACAAGUAGAGUUUCGGAUAGAUAUCAUACCAGGUGCAGCACCUGUAGCAAGAGCACCAUACAGAUUGGCACCAACGGAGAUGAAGGAGUUGAGGACGCAGUUGGAUGAGCUUUUAGCCAAAGGUUUUAUUAGACCUAGCUCGUCUCCUUGGGGAGCGCCAAUCUUGUUCGUUAAGAAAAAGGAUGGUUCGAUGCGUCUGUGCAUCGAUUACCGUGAGCUUAAUAAGGUCACUAUCAAGAAUCGGUAUCCGUUACCCAGGAUCGACGAUCUGUUCGAUCAGUUGCAAGGAGCAAGUUACUUCUCCAAGAUUGACCUCAGGUCAGGUUAUCAUCAGUUGAAGGUCAAGGAGGAAGACGUACACAAAACCGCGUUUAGGACUCGUUAUGGACAUUACGAGUUCCUAGUGAUGCCUUUUGGACUCACUAACGCACCAGCCGCGUUCAUGGAUCUCAUGAAUCGCGUCUGCAAACCUUAUUUAGAUAAGUUCGUCAUCGUCUUCAUUGAUGACAUUCUCAUCUACUCGAAGAGCCAAGCUGAUCAUGAGAAACACCUUCGUUGUAUUCUCAAACUUCUGCAUCAAGAGAAGCUUUAUGCCAAAUUUUCGAAGUGUGAAUUUUGGCUUCGAGAAGUCCAAUUCCUUGGACAUGUUGUAAGCGAGCGUGGUAUCCAAGUAGAUCCCGCUAAAGUAGAAGCAGUCAUGAACUGGCAGGAGCCGAAGACUCCUACCGAGAUUCGCAGUUUCCUCGGAUUGGCAGGAUACUAUAGGCGAUUUAUCGAGAACUUUUCAAGAAUUGCUGCGCCCCUAACUUCAUUGACCCGUAAGAAGAUUAAGUUUGAUUGGGGCCCUAAGCAGCAGGAAUCCUUUGACAUUCUGAAGCAGAAGCUGAGCAAUGCGCCAGUGUUAACAUUGCCUGAUGGUAUAGAUGAAUUUGUGGUGUAUUGUGAUGCAUCACAUACUGGCAUGGGCUGUGUACUCAUGCAGAAAGGCAAAGUCAUUGCCUACGCUUCUCGACAGCUCAAAGUGCACGAGAAGAACUACACCACCCACGAUUUGGAAUUGGGUGCAGUUGUAUUUGCUUUGAAGUUAUGGAGACAUUACUUGUAUGGAACCAAGUGCAUAAUUUAUUCGGAUCACAAGAGUCUUCAGCAUCUGUUCAAUCAGAAGGAAUUGAACAUGCGUCAAAGGCGAUGGAUGGAAACUCUCAAUGAUUAUGACUGUGAGAUAAGAUACCAUCCAGGCAAGGCAAAUGUGGUUGCCGACGCCUUAAGUAUGGAUGAAGCCCAUAAGUCUCGUUAUUCUAUUCAUCCUGGCUCAGAUAAGAUGUAUAAGGAUCUUCGUAUUCAGUAUUGGUGGCCUGGUAUGAAGAAAGACAUUGCCUUAUACGUAUCAAAAUGCCUUACUUGCCUUAAGGUUAAGGCUGAACAUCAGCGUCCUUCCGGAUUAUUGGAGCAACCAGAGAUCCCAGUUUGGAAAUGGGAAAACAUUACGAUGGAUCUCAUUACUAAACUCCCACGCACAAAGAAAGGUCACGAUGCCAUCUGGGUAGUCGUUGAUCGCCUUACCAAGUCAGCACAUUUCUUACCAAUCCGUGAGGAUUAUUCAGCUGACAGACUUGCUCAAAUCUACGUGGAUGAAAUCGUAGCUCGACAUGGUGUUCCUUUGAACAUCAUUUCUGACAGGGAUGCUCGUUUCACUUCUCAUUUUUGGAGAACCAUGCAAUCUGCUAUGGGGUCCCAACUUAAUUUGAGCACAGCUUAUCAUCCGCAAACGGAUGGUCAAUCUGAAAGAACAAUCCAGACACUGGAGGAUAUGCUCAGAGCUUGUGUGAUCGACUUUGGUGGUAGUUGGGAUUCACAUCUUCCAUUGAUUGAAUUCUCCUACAACAACAGUUAUCACUCCAGCAUCAACAUGGCUCCUUUCGAGGCUCUCUAUGGUCGAAAAUGUCGUUCACCAGUCUGCUGGAAUGAGAUUGGUGAGGCUCAGCUUACUGGACCUGCCAUCAUUCUAGAGACAACAGAAAAGGUAAAGAAAGUUCGUGAUAACCUUCAGACAGCUAGAAACCGUCAGAAGAGUUACGCGGACCUAAAACGCAAACCCUUGGAUUUUCAAGUCGGUGAUCGUGUAUUACUUAAGGUCUCACCUUGGAAAGGUGUGAUCAGAUUUGGAAAGAAAGGAAAACUUGCACCUAGAUACGUUGGACCAUUCAGGAUCGUCGAAAGAAUCGGUAAGGUAGCCUACAGACUUGAGUUACUUCCUGAACUUGGAAAUGUUCAUCCAACCUUUCACGUGUCCAAUCUCAAGAGGUGUUUAGCCGAUGAGAACCUCCACAUACCGCUUGAUGAAAUUCGUGUUGACGAAACAUUGAAAUUUGUUGAGAAACCGGUAGAAAUCAUGGAACGUGAAGUCAAGUGGCUCAAGCGCAAGCGCAUUCCUUUGGUCAAGGUUCGUUGGGAAUCUAAACGUGGACCCGAGUUUACUUGGGAACGUGAAGAUCAAAUGAAGGCAAAGUAUCCUCAUCUUUUUCCACGAGUU